UCACGACCGCAGGUCUCGCGAGACUUUGCGAGAUGUUAAGUUGAAGAAACAUGGCGUCGCCUAAUUUGUUGAAGAACAAGGGGUCCCUGCAGUUUGAGGACAAGUGGGACCUGAUGCGACCCAUCGUCCUCAAGCUGCUCAGACAAGAGGCUGUCACCAAACAACAGUGGUUCGACUUGUUCUCAGAUGUCCAUGCUGUGUGUUUAUGGGACGACAAAGGUCCGGCUAAAAUCCACCAGGCCCUCAAAGAAGACAUCCUCGACUUCAUCAAACAAGCACAAACUCGUGUUCUGAGCCACCAGGACGACACGGCUCUGCUGAAAGCCUACAUCACAGAGUGGAGGAAGUUCUUCACGCAGUGCGACAUCCUGCCCAAGCCCUUCUGCCAGCUGGAGAUCACGCUGAUGGGGAAGCAAGGCAGCAACAAGAAGACAAACAUGGAGGACAGCAUCGUACGCAAGCUGAUGCUGGACACGUGGAACGAGUCGAUAUUUUCCAACAUUAAGAGUCGCCUGCAGGACAGCGCCAUGAAGCUGGUGCACGCCGAGCGGCUGGGGGAGGCCUUCGACUCGCAGCUCGUUAUUGGCGUACGCGAGUCGUACGUCAACCUGUGCUCUAACCCCGACGAUAAGCUGAAGAUCUACAGGGACAACUUUGAGAAAGCCUACCUGGACUCCACGGAGAGGUUCUACAGAACACAGGCUCCGUCCUACCUGCAACAAAACGGUGUACAAAACUACAUGAAAUACGCCGACGCAAAGCUAAGAGAAGAAGAGAAGAGAGCGCUGAGAUAUUUAGAAACGUGUCGUGAAUGUAACUCUGUACAAGCACUUAUGGAGUGUUGUGUUAAUGCUUUGGUGACGUCGUUCAAGGAGACCAUCUUAGCCGAAUGUCCUGGGAUGAUCAAAUGCAACGAGACGGAAAAGCUGCACCUGAUGUUUUCUUUAAUGGAUAAAGUUCCCAGUGGGAUUGAGCUGAUUCUGAAGGAUUUAGAGGAGCACAUCGUUAAUGCAGGACUGGCAGACAUGGUGGCUGCUGCUGAGACCAUCACUACUGAUUCUGAGAAGUACGUGGAGCAGCUGCUAACUUUGUUUAACCGCUUCAGUAAGCUGGUUAAGGAGGCUUUCCAGGACGAUCCUCGCUUCCUUACAGCCAGAGAUAAGGCCUACAAGGCUGUUGUGAAUGACGCUACAAUCUUCAAAUUAGAGCUGCCCAUGAAACAGAAGGGCGUGGGGAUGAAGACUCAGCCAGAGUCCAAGUGUCCCGAGCUGCUGGCCAACUACUGUGACAUGUUGCUGAGGAAAACGCCCCUCAGCAAGAAACUCACCUCUGAGGAAAUCGAGCUCAAACUCAAAGAAGUGCUCUUAGUCUUGAAGUACGUCCAGAACAAAGACGUAUUUAUGCGUUACCACAAAGCCCACCUAACGAGGCGCCUGAUUCUGGACAUCUCAGCCGACAGCGAGAUUGAAGAGAACAUGGUGGAGUGGCUACGGGAGGUGGGAAUGCCCGCUGAUUAUGUGAACAAGCUCGCCAGGAUGUUUCAGGACAUCAAGGUCUCCGAGGACCUCAACCAGGUCUUCAAAGAGAUGCACAAACACAACAAGCUGGCUCUACCAGCGGACAGCGUGAACAUUAAGAUCCUGAACGCCGGAGCUUGGUCGCGGAGCAGCGAGAAGGUUUUUGUUUCACUUCCCACGGAGCUGGAGGACCUCAUCCCUGAAGUGGAAGACUUCUACAAGAGGAACCACAGCGGCCGUAAACUCCACUGGCAUCACCUCAUGUCCAAUGGCAUCAUCACCUUUAAAAACGAGGUGGGUCAGUACGACCUGGAGGUGACGACCUUCCAGCUCGCCGUGUUGUUCGCCUGGAAUCAGAGGCCGAGGGAGAAAAUCAGCUUCGAGAACCUGAAACUGGCCACGGAGCUGCCUGACGCCGAGCUGCGCCGGACUCUCUGG